AUGACGUACACAAAGACUGAGCAAGAAAGUAUUACACUAUUUUGCGCUUUAUUGCGAGAUAAGGAAAGAGAAGAGGUUUUUGACCUCUUAAUAGAGUAUUCAUAUCGAAUUGACCGACUAGCAGCAUUGUAUCGUCGGUCAGAGGAGUAUAAGCUGCUCCUAAGCUUAUCCAAAGAGAAAGUAGUAGAGGGCAGUCGGCACUUAGAUCAAAGUGCUCGGUUUGGAGCUCUGGCUGGAAUUGGCUUAGGAAUGGGAUUGGGCUGUCUUAGUUGCCUUCUGGGAAUUCUGAAAAGUUACGGCUCUUCUUAA